AUGGACCAAACCCUAACGAUCAAUGACCCCGACAACUGCCUCCUAAGAAGGUUCCUCUACCAUGACAUCAAUCUUAAAAAUUCACCCUUUUCAUACGCAAGCGCCCCUGAAAACUACACGUUCGUUGGCUGCUCGUCCCAAAAAGCAUUUUGGCCAUGGAAUUCAGCACCUGUAAUCCCUUGCCUCACCAAGUACCACUACAAGGUCAUAUACGUUGUACAAACCAGUUCGCUUUUGCAGCCGGAUCCGAUACUUUUGCUGGCUGGUUGCUUUAAAAUUUCGACUGCUUUGGUUCCAUUUUUAUUUAAUUCGGAGUAUCUUAACUUUGGUGCUCAGUUGACUUGGUACGUGCCUAAUUGUGGUUCUUGUGAAGCUAGAGGUCGUGUUUGUGGGUGGGAAAAUGGUACUACAACUUCUCAAAUUCGGUGCUUUGGUUCUUCCGGCAACUCAAGUCUGCCCAGAGCUGCAAGGUAUGGCAUAGUGAUAGGCGUGGGAAUUCCAGGGCUGCUGUGCAUCAUAGGGCUUGCAGUUUAUGUUUGUAACAGGACAAGGGUUCCUGGUCAGGUUCACCAGCCCACCAUCACACAAAUGUUAUCCAUACCCGAUCGACAGCCUUCGGCAGUCAGAAUUGGCCUUGAUGAUCUGACGAUUGCAUCAUAUCCUGAGAUUCAACUUGGCAAGAGCUGGGAAUUGCCAAAACUCAAUGACAACACUUGCCCAAUAUGUUUGGCUGAGUACCAGCCCAAAGAAACACUGAGGACCAUACCAGAAUGCAGCCAUUAUUUCCAUGCUAAUUGCAUAGAUGAGUGGCUUAGAAUGAAUGCAACUUGCCCAGUUUGUAGAAACCCACAAAAGAGAUAA